AUGCAGCUGGUGUCACGGAACAAGCAGGAAACCUCACUGCUCCCCUAUAAAAACAGGGGCUUGUCCCGGGGGUCAGUAUCAGAGGUUAGAAAGAGUCCCUGCUCUGCUCCUAUGGUUCAUCCCUCACCCAACAGCAACAUGAAGGUCUCCGUGGCUGCCCUCGCCGUUCUCCUCAUCGCUGCCUUCUGCUCGCAGGCCUCCUCUGCCCCACAUGGUUCUGACACGACCGUGUGCUGCUUCAGCUACACCACCCGGAAGCUGCCCCAGAGCCACCUGAAGGAGUAUUUCUACACCAGUGGAAAGUGCUCUCAGCCAGCUGUAGUGUUUGUCACCAGAAAGGACAAACAAGUUUGCGCCAACCCAGACACCAAAUGGGUCAAGGAAUACGUGAAUUUCCUAGAAAUGAAAUGAGACGGCUGGGAGCUGAUGGAGACCCUGCGCGCUUCCCUUUGCAGUGCUAGCGUCAGUGGCUAUUGUGCUGUCCGGAACGCCACCCCUCAGCCCCGAGCAAAGGCCGUCGCUGCGCUUUAAGGGCUCGCUGGCACUUUAAAGACAUUUGAAGCUAUUUUAUUUGUAUUGUAAAAGAAUCACUUCUGUUCUAGAUUAGCCACCUUUAUGGUACAAACCAGGCCCUGGACACUUGUGGUCAUUAAAAAUCCUAUGGCCCUUAAAGGUAGCAGCCUAUGAGGCAGUGUGGCCUAGUAGCUAGCGCACUGGACGGGGACUCAGGAGACCUGGGCUCUAUGGGCAAGUCACUUCCCUGCUUGGUACCUCAGUUUCCCCACCUGUAAAAUAGGGUAAAGAGCUUUGAGAUCUACUAAUGGGAAGUGCUAUAUAGAAGUUAGGUGUCAUUCUUCAUCUCCUGGCUAAAUUCCAGUUCAGUUAAUUCAGUUCCACAUCCCUAACUUCCUCCUGUGGUUUCAACUGGUUAUGGGCCUUCCCCUUCCCUUCCCACUCCAAGUUCUGUGCAGCUAUGGAACAGUUGAUGUGCGUUACCCAGAGGUGGCUGCAUUCCGGUAACGGGUGAAGUAACUCCUGGCUUGUACCUGUGUGAAGCUAUCUGCCAAGUUUGAGAAGCACUUUGGGACCCUUCGGGAGGACAGACAGUGAGCAGCAAGGAAGCUAAUGCUGUAAUAUUAUUGGUCUAUUAUUUAUCAGGGGGUUGCUGUGGACCAGCAGACCUUGCCUUUAUGUUUGACACACUGUCACUUGCUGAUUUCAAGAAAUAAAGAUGUUUUUCUCUCUGU